AUGUCGAUUACCAAACCUCGCCAUGCUCUGGUUAUUGGCGCCUCUGGAUUAGCAGGCUGGGCCGUGGUCAACACACUCCUGCAAGAAUACCCGGAGAAAGGCACAUUUGCAAAAGUAACGGCGGUCUUGAAUCGCCCUCUCAGCAUGAAAAGAUCUCGAUGGCCCACUUCCUCCAGCGUGAAGUUCCAACUGGUGACGGGAGUGAAUUUGUCGGCAGGAUCUCUAAAAGAUUCAGUUUCUUAUCUUCGAGAAAAUAUUCCAGACUUGCACACAGUAACCCAUGUUUAUUAUUUUGCCUACCAACAGCAAGACGACCCAGCAGAAGAAAUUAAAGUAAACAUAUCCAUGUUGGAAGGUGUAAUCACUGCAUUAAAUGAUUAUGCGUUGGGACUCGAAUUUUUGGUCGUUCCCACAGGAUCGCGGGCGUAUGGCAUCUAUAUUCCCGGUGGGUGUUUCACACCACCUUACAAAGAAUCAAUGGGCCAUGUCCCAGAACCAGAAAGAAGCAAACUCCAUUACUACCCAAUGCAAGAUUAUCUAGCGCGUAGUAGCAAAGGCAAAUCCUGGACGUGGUGCGACGUAAGACCGGAUGCAAUCAUUGGCUUUACUCCCAACGGAAGUACCUUCAGCCUGGCUGCUCAUUGGUAUAACUACUUAUCCCUUUACGCCGCAGUCGAGGGAAAGGGGGCUAAAGUACCAUAUCCUGGAGUCGAGGCUGCAUAUAAUAGCCUUUUCAAUGGAGUAUCGUCAGGAAUGAUUGCCAAAUUCUCUAUAUGGGCAUCACUACACCCGGAAAAAACAGGGAAUGGGGAAAUAUUCAACAUUGUUGAUCAAGAUCGUCCACUAUCAAUGGAAACUCACUGGCCAGUCAUCGCAAGCUUUUUCAACCUGGAAGGCACGGCGCCGGUAGAGGACCAGGAUCCAAUUUUACUACGGCCAACCAAAUAUGCUGAAAAGAAUAAAAAAUUGUUACGUGGUGGAAACGCUAGUCAGCUAUGGAAAGCAUCAUGGCUGGACGAGUAUGGACAUUGGUCCCGCUUUGAUCGCCAAUAUUCUGUUGAUAAACUUCGUUCAGUCGGUUUUUUGGAAGAGUGUGAUGCGAAUUCAUCAUGGCUUGAUACGUUUGCUCUUUUAAAGACGGCCCAAGAAGAAGAAUUGGAUCAUCAAGAAGUUGAAUGA